AUGGCGCUGAGUGACCUGUUUUACCCAGAUAACCCCAAAAGACGGCAAGAACUGAUCCAUCUGCACCAGGAAUUGCUCAACUGCAUGUCCAUAAAUUUCCGUGCAACAAAUGAGCUGGCUGGAGUGCUGAAUGAACACCUGGGCUGUACCAUCACCUACAUUCAAAUGAGAGAGAGCAGCACUGUCAAGGAAAACUGUGACAUUAUCAUUCGAGCGAUGACUGAGAUUCAGCAUCAGGUACAGAAGAUUGAUAGUGACAUGAAGGAAAAGCUAGAGCCUGUGCUGUACCAGAAGCUGUAUGACAUCAAAGAGCCUGAGUUGGAGAAAAUUGCAAUAGCCCAUAAAGUUUUUUCCAUUGUUCUUGGAGAAGCGACUUCAACAGCUGGGAUGGUAGCUAUCAAACUACUUGGCUCCAAUCUUAUAACUCUCACUGUCAGCAAGCUGGUGAGUCUCCUCGCGCAGAUUGGGGCAUCUGUUCUUGGGGGAAUCAGCAUCACCAUUCUCGGGCUUGGCAUUGAAAUGAUCCUCCACGCCAUCCUGGGAGCCGUGGAGAGGAAUCAACUUCUGGAAGCUGUGAGAAGCUACGAGAAGCACCUGGCUGAGUUCAAAGCAGCCUCAGAAAAGUACCAGCGUGCCAUACGUGAAGUGACUUCUUUGGUGAGACAGCAGGUUCAGUGAAUGAAGUCGGAGUUGUCUCUGCUGCUGUGACAGUGGCUGCAGCAGCUACACCUGCAGAAACCUUUUUGAUUCAUUAUGGCAAAUGAACAACCAAUGGCUUUUUUUCUUAUUAGUGGCAGCAGAGCAAGAGAUGUGACAGAUCAGGGAAUUGGCACUGAAAUAUAUUAAUAUGGAACUGAUUUAUAGGUGCUUCUGGGAGGUAUUGCUUCAAAUACUUCUCACCUUCAGCUAUUUUCUGGAAUGCAUCGUAGGUAACCUUGAACUGUAAUUCAUACUAGUUACAAUAAUAUUCACUGCUAGAGCAAUAGUGGUGAGAAGGUGUGAUUUUUCUCUUACUAUGUUUCUCUAUCAAAGAUGACAACACGAUGGGAGAAAACAAUUUCAAAAAGCCAGUCCAUGUCAUCAUCUGGAGGGCUCAUCAGGACAGCUGUGGUUGCUAAAUUCUGAAGUGUGGAUUAGUGCUAAAUCUGAUAGGCUGAAGUCCCUGCUCAUUGAACUGCUUAUGAGGACUAACUGAAGCAUAUUUAACUGCUAUUUCCUGUCCCAUCCCUGCCUAAGGAGCCAGCCAGAGAUCUUCUUUAAAUAAACUCUAAUCCCAGUAGAUUAGCAAAUUAAGAAAAGCAUGGGCCUACAGGCAAACACAUACAGCUGAGAGUAACUGGCUGUAGUGUUCCAGGCAUGCCUGGCUGUGAAUAACCUCUUAUGCUCAGUAAUGCCCCACUCCUGCCCACCCACAGGUAAAUAUUUCUGUCCACAGUUGCUCCUCUGUUAAUUGAAAUGGGAUUAUACACACGUACAAAUGCCUGUAGGAUUACAGCCCUAUAAAUGCACUACAUUUAUUUUCACGUGCUUUACCCAGUCCUGCCAAUGUUGGACUGCCAAGAGUGUGCUCAGAGUCUGCAUUUCACGAUAUGCUACCAAAUGUCUUUAUUUUUCAGAUUUUAAAAACAAAGCUGGAAGCAAGAACAUGAUUUGCAGUCUCUUGCUCUGAUUUGCUAUGGUUUGCUUUUUUUGCUUUGAUCUUUGAAGGAAAAAAAAAAAAGUAAUUUAAGAAUUAAUAAAAAUCUACAUGAAUAUUGUAAGA